AUGAAAAUGUCAAAUCAAAAAGACUUAUCCAAUAUAAUAUCUCGAGAUGAAGCUAUAAAAAAAUACAUUGAUUAUGCUCUCGAAAAAGCCAAUAUUGCAGUUGAAUAUGAUACAUCUAAUGAUUUUCAAAACGCUAUUUGUGCUUAUACUGAAGCAGUUGAACUUCUUUCACAAGUAUUACAACAAGCGGAUCAUGGACAUGAUACGGAUGGAUUAAAAUCAAUAUGUAAUAUUUAUAAAGAACGUAUUGAUUUUUUAUCUUUUUUAAAAACUAAGGGAAAUAAUAAUCAAAACAAUGCGUUGACCGUUUCUACCACUGAAAAUAAUAAAAAUGAAUCCAGCUCUACUUCUUCAUCAAAGCAAAAUACAUUUAACUCUACUCUAUUGAACUUUUUCUCAAAAAAGUCUACAAAGAAAAAGAAAUCCUCACAUAGUACUCUUUUAAAUUUUGGACAUCAUCCAAAAGAGAAUCUUCAUCACUCAACAAUUGAUGUUCAGCCCAAGGCUUCAAAAAGUGCUCCUAUUUUCCCUUUGGAGCAUUCUAAAUGGAGCAAGCAAGGAAGAGCAAAAAAUCAUCAUUUGUCUUCUGAUAAUAUCAUAACUCAUCAUUAUGGAAGAAGACCAUCCUCUUAUUCUUCAACUAGUCAAUCCAAUGCAUCCACAGCUACGUUACUUUAUUUUCAACCAUACCAGCCCUUAGAGAAUGACACUAAAAUGAAUGAUACCAUUAGUAUAACUUCUGCUAGUGAAAAGAAUAGAAAUUAUUCAGAUAAUGUUGAAGUUUACAAUAAGCCAACUGUACCUGAUAAUAAUCAUGAUCGACGGCAAAAACAGUUAAGUAGUGGUGGACCCUUUAUUACAGGGAAACAAUACAAUACCUCUAGUAUGAUACAUAGAAGUAACUAUUGUUAUCCUACAUUAACAACAACAGAAGAAACACAACCAAGUCAGCUAUCAUCCACUCCUAAUAACCUGGUUAACAAUCCUGUCACGACUGCAAUACCUAUUCCUCGAAAAUCUAGUCAGAGAAGGAAGCGUUCUUCACCACCACCACCACCACUACCAUCAAUAAUACCAUUGCAAUCUUGUCAAGAACCAGUUCGAGGCUCUAGUCUAAAUAGUAGUAUCUGGAGAUCUCAACAACAACAACAACAACAACAAGCACAUAAUAAUAGUAAUAAUAAAACUUAUAGUAUACCCGUAUCCGUUAUAGAUUCAAACACCUUACCAUCUCCUCCAGUUUUAACUGAUAAAAGCGAAAAACGCACAUCAACGAUAUCCUCUAUGAUGAGCAAACGAAAUUCUAAUUCAUCGCGUCCCAAGACCACUCAUUCACUUACAAAGAUAAAUACAAUUAGAAGUGGAGGCAUUAUUAAUCAUGAUGAAGACAUAUGCUUAUCCCCAACAUCAAGUACUCUGAGUUAUGAUUCAUUACCCACUACUAUUAAGACAGUCAAAAUUGAUCCUGAUAUCAUCUUGAACUAUCCUGAGGCUAAAAUAGUAGUACCAAAUGAAGAUAUUGUAAAUUCUUUUAAUAAUGGAAAUAUCAUGCUAUCAACACCUAUUUAA